AUGGCCUCGCCGCCCCGCAGGGUUUGCCGUUGCGUCCGGCCUCCGCUGCCGCGCUUGAAGCCCGGCCCGGCUCUCCGCUGCCGGUUCGGGUGCGGGAGCCGGGGAAAGGCGGCCAUGUCCGGGCCCCCGGGACGGCCUCCCGCCCCCUCGGUGCGGCCCCUCGGCCCGGUGUCAGCAGGAGCGGGGCUCGGUGUGGGAGCCGCCAUUUCCGCUGCGACCGUGGUCAGACCGGGGCCUCGUUGCAGACAGAUUCAAAACCGGGUAACAAAGGAGCGUCUGUUUUCCAGAAGAAAACCACGCAUAUGGGUGACCUGUGAACCCUUACCCAUAUCUACCGCCCGGAAUGUUUUUUAGGAGCGAAAGGAGACCAAAGGCUAAGUCUUGAAAACAUGAUUCCUGCAACUGUUCACACUGUCCUGAGUGCUCUAUAUUUAUGCUGCCACAGAAAGAACUGGUUACACUCGGAGAAGAAACACAAGAAACACUAAGGACUGAAAUGCGCUUGCAGCUAAAGUAUCCUCAUCAUGAAUAGGUACACAACAAUCAGACAGCUUGGUGAUGGGACCUACGGCUCUGUUCUCCUAGGGAGAAGCAUUGAAUCUGGAGAGCUAAUAGCCAUUAAAAAAAUGAAGAGAAAGUUUUAUUCCUGGGAGGAAUGCAUGAACCUUCGAGAGGUUAAGUCUUUGAAGAAAUUGAACCAUGCAAAUAUAGUAAAGCUGAAAGAAGUUAUCAGGGAAAAUGAUCAUCUGUAUUUCGUGUUUGAAUACAUGAAGGAAAAUCUCUAUCAGUUAAUGAAAGAAAGGAACAGACUGUUCCCUGAGUCGACAGUUAGGAAUAUUAUGUAUCAGAUCCUGCAAGGGCUUGCGUUUAUCCAUAAGCAUGGGUUCUUUCACAGAGACUUGAAACCUGAAAACCUGCUUUGCAUGGGACCAGAACUUGUGAAAAUAGCAGACUUUGGCUUAGCCCGAGAAAUCCGAUCUAGACCUCCUUACACUGAUUAUGUAUCCACAAGAUGGUACAGGGCUCCUGAAGUCCUUCUGAGAUCUACCAGCUAUAGUUCUCCCAUAGAUAUUUGGGCUGUUGGUUGUAUAAUGGCAGAAGUUUAUACACUGAGGCCUCUCUUCCCAGGUGCCAGUGAAAUUGAUACUAUAUUCAAAAUUUGCCAAGUCUUGGGGACGCCAAAGAAGAACGACUGGCCUGAAGGUUACCAACUUUCAGCCUCCAUGAAUUUUCGGUGGCCUCAGUGUAUACCUAACAACUUAAAAACCCUCAUACCUAAUGCUAGCAGUGAAGCGGUGCAGCUCAUGAGAGACAUGCUGCAAUGGGACCCCAAAAAGCGGCCAACGGCUAGUCAGGCACUUCGAUAUCCGUACUUCCACGUUGGGCAUACCCUGGCUGUUCAGGAACUGGGGAGACAAAAGGAACUGCAUAAUAAAUCGUCUCUGCAUAUGAAGCCUGUCCCUCCAGCACAACCCCCUCCGAAACCUCACACCCGCAUUUCGUCAAGGCCUUUUCAACAAAGCCAGUCUUCUCAGCACUUGGUGUACCCAUAUAAGACAGACAACUCUGGGGCUGAGCACAGUAACUACUUACAGGAGGACAAGUCUAACCAGGUUCUUCUGCCUGCAAUUCACAAUAAGGUUCCUCAGCAGAAAACAUCUGGAACUGAAAAUAUAAAUGGUGAACUUAAACCAAAAACUAGGCGAAGAUGGGGACAUCUUGCUAGAACAGUGAAGAGUUCUGAAGAUUGGGAUGACUUGGAAGACCUUGAUUUUGUAUCUUCUGUCACAAGGAUGGACUUGAAAACCAAGAAGAGGCAGAGUGAUGAAACUCUUUGUAGAUUUGAAAGCAUUUUGGACCUGAAGCCUUCGGAUGCUGUAGGCUCUGGCAGCAGUGCACCUUCCCAUGUGACCUUUCCACGGCAGGACACUCCCACAUUGCGGGUUUCUGCAGCAAAGCAACACUACUUGAGGCAUUCUAGGUAUCUACCUGGAGUAUGCACAAGGCAUAGCGUAGUCUCCGCUUCGAACAAAGAGUCUGUUCCGUCUAAUCCCUGGCCCAGUUCCAGUUUGCCUGGGAAAGCUUCUGCUUUGGGAGGAAGUAUUAACAAGAUGAAUUCAGGGCCUCUAGGAUCAAACGGUCUAACCAGUGGUUAUAUCCCUUCGUUUCUGAAGAAGGAAGUAGGCUCUGCUGGGCAGAGGGUUCAGUUAGCACCAGUCGGGGAUCCAUCUUCUAAUUAUGCUUCUCUGAAGUCAGUAAGACCCCAUCUUGGGCAGCCACCGUUCAAUUCACCUACAAAAAGCACACCAAGGUUAAUGCCUCUCCCACCACCGGCUCAGCCGAUCCACGGGCGUGUUGACUGGUCUGCAAAGUACGGCGCUCACCGGUGACAUGUGGAAAUGCUCUCUGAACCAGUGCGUAUUUCCCGUGAAACCAUGGCUAACAUGAGACAAUUUGAUACUGUUUUCUAUACCUGUAAAUUUAAAAGAAACAGAUCUUCUAUGAAUGAGACAUUUUGAAGUUGUUUUUUUUUUUUACUUUUAUUUGUAUUAAUUUGAAUGCAAUCUUGUACCUUUUUGUAUAAAAUUGUUUUGUUAUAAAAUUGGGUCCAGUUAUUUUCAUAAACCUGAUACAUUUUGUAUAUAUGGCUUAGGAAGUUUGGCAUUUUUAUAUGAUAAAUUUUUAUAAUAGACUUUUUAAAAAUUUAACUUUCCCUUUAUUAGAUUCAACUUUUUUAUAGAAGUGGGUUAAAAAAACAAAGUGGUGCAAUAUUGCAGUGGAAGAGAAGUACUGAAAAAGGGGCAUUCAUUAGACGUUUUCUGAAGUUUAUGUGCCAAAUGAGGCUGUAUAAUUUCAGUGAUACCACAUCUUGAUGCCACGCUCCUGUUGACCUACACUCCUCUGCUUUCUACUGACAUCAAAGGAGUGAGUGACUGACAGUCUGAACUCUCCUUUGCAGUCACUGAGAGACUGCUGAAAGUCAGUAGGAGGCUUUUUUUUUUUUUUUUAACUUAUUUUUGCCUUUAAAAGGUUUUCGUUGGACUGCUGUCCAGCUUUCCAGCUCCAUUCUUUUGCUUUUACCAAAUCUGGGGAAUCGUCUUGUUUGAUGAAGGGUGAAUACUGUUCUGCAGAUCUGUUUUCUGACAGCGCUGUUUGUCCUGCUUCAAAGCUGCUUCUUGGAGUUGUUCACUAUGAAAUAGAAUGUGGACCUACCUCUGUUAAAUUUAUUUAAAUGUUCUAAUGAUUUCUAGGGAGAAGAAUCAAAUUCUGUUUCUUUUUUUGUUGUUGGGAAAAUAAGAUCUGAAGACAUCUUUAGGACAGUAUUAACAAUUACAAAGCUGGUUUCAGAGAAACAAAGUAUUAAUGAUAUGCCAGCAGAGUUUAAGGAAACAAUAUCUAUGCAGCUGACUUAAUUUUCACAGCUGUUUUAAAUCACUUUUGGAAAAAAAAAAAUCCAGAAGAAAUGACUCCGUUUGAGCUUAUUUCAGUUCUUCUUCGCUUCAAUACAUCUUCACUUACAAUGUGAAGAAUAUGUCAGCUCCUGUAAAUUAGGCCCCCAGUCUCUACUGGGAAAAAUGGGACUUUACCUGGUCUUGUUAAAAAAAACAUUCUAAAAUUUUGGUUGAUUUCACAGAAACAGAUACAACUCUUUGAAAAGCAGUUUAACUCAGUUUAUAAGAGAAAAUAGUUAUCAGGUAAUAGAGAAGAGAAAAUAGCCCCACAGUGUGGUUUAAUUCUGCACUGGAAAGGAGUGGCCAGAGUCCAGCCACCAGCAAAAGAUUCAUUUAGAUCCCAGUCAGCAUUCGGCUGUUCCUGCACACAGAAGGAAGAUAAAACAGUCCAGUGCUGUGGGAGAACAUCUCUGGUAGUUGCGUUUUGGAACAGCACCAGCAAAGCUGAAGUGUGCUGUGAAGAUGCAUCUUCCUGCAGAAGUGUACAGAAAUGCUCGCCUUUCUGAGCUCAGUUUAUGAACAGAUCGGGCAAGUAGUGUAUUUAUGACACUUAAAUCCAGUCUGGAGGGAUCAGAGCAGGUAUGGCUCUUGGCAUCUGGCUGUUUCGAAGGAGCUGCGUGGCUAGCGUGUCGCUGAGAUCCUCUGUGGGAUGUGCUGGUACUCCAGAAGGCGCACCCGUUAGAGACUGGAGACUGGUAACGCAUGCUGGCCUUCCCAGUAUGUCCCGUGGAGAACGUGUGGGACUCUGAGGAGAGACUGUACCCUAGAGUAGGCUGCUGGCUCAGUGCUGCAGGGGGAACCGUGAGGAGCACUGGUCACUCUUUGCUUUUAUGGACUCAGUCCACAGUGAAACAGUACAAGACAAAAAGGGAGCCAAAGGGUCUAUGCAUUAAAAAAAAAGUAUGCAUGUAAGACUUACACCUGCCAAGGAGAUGCUAUGUGUCCAGCUACUCUUAUGUGUUCAUAGCAAUUACUAACUCCAAACCUUACUUAACUGCUUCCAAAGCAGCGAUGCCAGUGCACAGCAGUAAACUAAAGCGGCCAUUUGAUUUCUGAAGCACACACUGAUGGUGUCUUUGGGUAAGUGGAAAGGGAAGUGUGUAUAUUUGUGUUAGAACUGGAAAGAUAGUUGUUUCUCUUGGUGGAAAUAAAUAUCUGUAUUUAUGUCUAGAUAUCAUUUAAUUUAUUUUAUCACUGAGUAAUCGGUCUCGAGGGAACACCCUGAACCUAAGUAGACAAUUUGACUGGUCUGUUCCAUAUGCUUAAUUCCUACUAGUGGAAGCAGGAGACAAACAAGUCACAAGACGAGGCUGCUGGGGCUUGGAUUCAUCCUACCUAAUCUCAGGCACAUAAGCACGAGCUCCUUUGCUGCAAGCUGACUCUAAACCAGUGGUGAGUGAGAAUCAUCUCAAGAGAAAUUUGGCUCACCUGAGAACUUAGUAGCCCUCUGGAGACACCUGGGUCCCUCCACUAAGGAUGGGGACUACUUGACAUGUUCAGUAGAGGAUGAAUCUGAACCUGGCCUGCAAUCUCAGAGCCUUUAUCAGCCCUGCAGUAGUUUUCUUGACUAUAGCUUUCAGGAUUUGGUCAGUCUAGCAAAAAGAUUAGAGAAGGAAGUAGUAUCUUUUUUGACGUAUCUCCUCCUUCCCCAGAUUUAAAUCUUCUAUUUUGGAAAAAAAGCUAAUAAUCUUGAUACUCAGAAUCACUUCUGCUAAAUUUAACUUAGUGGAACGGAAAAUGAGCUAAGUAUAAUGGUGGCACUUGUAGCCAUUACUUAAGCAAGUUCCUACUGAAGUUGGGAAAGUUCUUUCUGAGUAAGGACUGAGUUGACUGAGCUAUAUAUUUUUCCUGUGCUGUCUCAGUGUGCAAUACAGAUAUGGAAAAGAUGUAGGUCUUUAUUAUACUGAAAUCUGGCCAAGCAGCAUAUCUGAGAAUUUAUUAUACAUAACCUACUACUAUGUGUUUUAAUAUUUAGCAGCAUCUUUAUGCAAAAUGUUUUUAGAAUUCUACUGUUUACAUUUUCUCAGGCUUAUGUAUAACUUGUAAUAACGACCGUUGGAAAUAAAGGAGCCUAGUAGUGGACUCAUUCACCUCUGAAAUCCAAAUUUUUGUUAAAGUGUUGGGUAAGUGCCAUGAGGUUAGCAAAAACCUACUUCCCUGGUAUUUCUGUAGCUAAUAAGGCUGUUGGUAUGAGUAAGAUGUUCCAUAAUGUGAGGAAGAAAGCGUGUAUUGAAAGAACAUUUUUGAACUUACAUGGAAGGAGAGGGUGGAACUGUCAGAGCGAGUAAAGAAAUAACGGUUCUUGUUUAUUCAGUGCUUUUGUUCAAAAACGUUACAAAUGUUUGUUUGUUUCAUUCCUUCAGUGUCAAGUCUCCUGCCCAGAAUAAAGUUAGUCUUGAAGAAA